CACGUCUCUCCUACAGGUGGUGGUGAGGGCCCUGGAGGAGGCGGGGAGCAAGGCGGAGGUGCUGGCGGUCGUAUCGCAGAUGACCUCUCUGGGUGUGGACGGCGGCCACAUCUGUCGCCUCAUAGCGCGUCUCGGGGGCGUGAGGAGCCUGCUGGGGGUGUGCCUGGAGCCUCGGUUGCGUCAGUGUCGCGUCGAUACCCUGAGGGCGCUGGCCACCGUCUGCUGCGUCGUGGAGGGCAUCGCCGAGCUGGAGAAGGCUGGAGGUGUGGAGGUCGUGGCGGAAGUGUUGUGUGACGAGGACUGCCUGGAGGAGGAGCGGAGUGAGGCGGCCGGGGUGCUGGCGCAGAUCACCUCCCCCUGGGUGGAGAACACCCACCGUCUGGCGGCUCUCCACGCCCACAUGCGCCCCAUCGUGGCCGCCCUCACAGAUCUGGCGGAGUUUACACGGGUGCCUGAGGUAUUCCUGCUGGCGUCGGCGGCACUGGCGAACUUGACCUUCCUGGACGGCGGGUGUGUGAGUGCCAUGAGGGCCGCUGGCACCACCCGCGUCCUCCUGAAGGACGCCCGCGACAACCCCAACCUUUCUAUCUUCACUAAGGACCAGAUCGCGACGGUGUUGGCCAACCUGGCGGGGUCUCAGGAGGCAGCAGAAGAAGUCGUUGCGGGCGGAGGCGUGGGCGUCCUACUGGCGCUGCUCAACACCCGCCCGGCGCCCACCCACCGCCUCCCAGAAGUGGCCACGGCAGAGCGGGUCCAACAGAAGUCCGCCAUCGCCAUCUCCAGGUUGUGUCGUGAGUCGAGUGUGGCGCGGCAGGUGGUGGAGCUGGGCGGGGCGGAGCGUCUGGUGAGGCUGUGUAAAGACGAACAAGAACGUAACCACAGCGACGCCGUCCUCGUCGCCUGCCUGGCGGCGCUGCGGAAGAUGGCGUCGUCACUUGGUCUGGAACAGCUGAGAGGAAUGGACGCCGCCGAGUUAGUGGAGCCUCGUCUGCUGGACUCCUUCCUCAUCUACUCCUCCCGGCAGGAGAGUUUUGUCUAAGGGCAGGAACAGACCCUUGAAUACAGUCCCACGAGCCCCGGCGAGGGUAGGAAGCCGAGGGAGAACCUUCUCCUCUCACACACAAAGUCCUCUGACAUUCCUCUUAUGAAGUAAUCGAUGAAGCUCACAGAUUCACCCCUAUGUAUGAAACUAUCACAAAGUUGUACCACGAAGGGCAUUUUGAUACCACGAGUCGCUAGUGUGAGGUGGACGAUCCAGACGGUCGUGUGAAUCAGGGCACUAGACCCCUGGGCCCUCAGUAGUGACUUACAGGACCAGAGGAGAACAGGUUAAUGCUCUCGAGGCUCCGUCCUGUAUCUGUCGACGGCUGAGGUGGAGUUCUCCCCCUCCCCACCCCCCACCUCUCUCUCUCUCUCUCUCUCUCUCUCUCUCUCUCUCUCUCUCUCUCGUGUUGACUCUUGUCCUCCGAAACUGUCAACACAAACACUCGCCAGGCGUCAAUUCUCACCUCAAAAUUUUAUCCCUUACCUUAACAAUGGUCGUGAGUGCUAAGUACCGUGAAUAACGAACCAGUGUGACAAAAGUCCAUCUCUUCACUACCUCCCAGUUAAGUGCUGAAAAAAGUGACUUACAGUGAUCGGGUGUGUAUUAAGUGCCUCGACUGACACUUAGUGGUGAUCAUGGUGUCUAACUCAAGUGUGUUGUUGUGUCGUCGAGUUCCUCUUACCUUAUAUGAGCUGUAAAUAAUGUUACUCUGGAGGUCGAAUAAGAGUGACUUCAUGAGGUCGAGUGUACUUUGAGUGAUGUCGAGUGAUGUUCUCUGUGUCGACGUGUAUUACUAAGUGGACUUCAGUGUGCUAGGUGAUGUUGUUCCUUCUGUCGAGAUACACUUGGUCAACACAGGUCAAGGUGAUGCUCCAAGUGACUCUGAACGAUAACACUUGACGCUAACGAGAGAAAACUGACUAAAAAUAAAAAUCCCUGACCAAUAUUAAUAUCUGUUCCGCACCACAUUAAAACUGGUCACAUAAAUAACAACUGUUGCCCUCCACUAUAUUAUAUUUAAGUAAGAUUUUAAUGGUAAUAGUGAGAGUGAAAGUGGCUCUCCCUUAGGCACGCUGACCCGACACUGCUCUUGACCCUCAUUCACAGCUGGGUCGACCGAGGGUGUCUCUUAAGGUGCAUACCAGGUGAGUGCUGUGUUCUCUCGCCCACCACAUAUCUUUAAUCUUAAUAAACUGUAAAAAUAACAAUAUGUAUCAAGACUUAUUGUUUAUUUUGUAUAUAUAAUCUGCAAUACAUAAAAAUAUAAGAUGAAUUUGAUGUAUUACAUAUAAAUAACACUAAGAUGUACUGUAAUUAUGUAAUACCACAUGUACUGUAAUACUGUAAUAUGCCUUCAGCUGUCCUCCACAACCCUAGUCAAAUCUCUAUACCAAAUAUAGACUUUAAUGUCCUUUUUUUGUAUAUUAUUAUAUUUUUCGAAUAAAACUUAUGUGAA